AGCAAAUCUCAAACUGUGAUCAUUUUAGUUGUGGCGCCCGUUGUUGCUUUUGUCAGUUUUGUGGUGCUAGCCAUCUCCAUUUACAUCAAUUUAAGAGUGAGGAAGCGAAGGGAGAAACCAAGAAUCCAAUCGAACUCAACAACAAGAAGAACCUCGGCUUCCAUGGUUGCUCCAACCCUUCCAUUAUCUUCUAAAUUUCGUUGGGACGUCUUCUUGAGUUUUAGAGGUGCCGACACCCGCAAGAAUUUCAUUAGUCACCUCUACUCCUCCUUGGAGCGAGUCGGAAUUCGUAUCUUCCGAGAUGAAGAGGAGCUUCCAAGAGGGGAGACCAUCUCUACGGCACUUCUCAAUGCGAUCGAAGAAUCAAGAAUUUUCAUUGUAGUUUUCUCCAAAGACUUUGCUUCUUCCCGCUGGUGCCUUGAUGAACUUGUGGAGAUUGUGGACCGUAGGAAAACCAUAGGCCGCACUCUUCUUCCCAUAUUUUAUCACAUAAAACCCUCAGAUGUUCGAAGACAGACUGGAACUUUCACAGAAGCAUUUGCUAGGCAUGAAGAGCAGUUUCAUAACAAUAUUGAGAGGGUGCAUAAGUGGAAAAAAGCUCUUACUGAAGCUGCAAAUUGUUCUGGCUUGGAUCUCGAAAGCAUUGCAAAUGGGCAUGAAGCAAAAUUCAUAGAGAAGAUUGUUGAAGACGUUUUGCGUAUAUUGAAAGUCUCCGACGACCUGAAUGUUGCCCACAUCCAAUAGGAGCUUAAACUCUCAUGUUGACGAGAAGGAAGUUCUAUUCAACCUUAUAUUAUCUAUAUGGUUGUAUCAAUCUGUGCUGAGACAAAUUGUGUAUUUUUCUUUUUCCCUCACCAAAGGUUAUAUAGAUAUGGUAAUUGUAUGCUUUCAAAAUAUAAACUUUCCUGUUUACAACACUACUACUAUUUGCUGUAAUUUCAUAAUUAAUUUGUCAAUGCCAUUGAAUUCUAGCUCAAUUGGCACCUUAAUUCCCCUUACAAGACCAACAUGAAAGGUGAGGAAAAUUUAAUAAUUGUGUUCAUGAUCG